UUCACACACGUUUUAGCAUCAGCUAGCCUACCAUUAUCAAAUUGACAAAUUUGUUCGUCGUUUAUAUUGUUCCACCCGGCAGGAUGCAGAUAUGCAGCGUGUGCAGCGAAAAGACACCAAAAUACAGAUGUCCAGUCUGCAAAAUAAGAUAUUGUUCACUUGGCUGUUACAAGCGGCAUAAAGACACUUGCCUCCCUGUUGAACAGACUGCACCCUCUGUUCCUGAAGUGAAGGACGCCGUCAGCACUGAGCCGUGGACUGUUGAGGAUCUCCUGCAUGAAGAAGACAUUAUUGACAAAGUGCCUGUGCAGAGGCUCCAGCUGUUAGGUCAGUCCAAAGAGCUGAGAGAUCUUCUUUGCAACCGUCAUCUGAGACAGUUGCUGCGCUCCAUUGACUGUGCCAACAGCAAAGACGAUGCGAUGAAGGCCGCGAUGCAGGAGCCUCUGUUUGUCGAGUUUUCAGAUCAGUGUUUGAAAAUUGUAGAAAAUGAAGCAAAAUCAUUAACAUCUAACGAAGCUGAUGAUUUGUAAAAUCAUCGUGCCUGGAUUAGUUUUUUUUUAUUUUAUUUUUUUAUCCCUCCACACCCGCGCCAUAUUGUUUUCCGGUUGUCUGUCCGUUCGUCCCAUUCUCGUGGACUCAAUAUCUCAGCAAAGCCUUGGGGAAAUUUCUUCAAAUUUGGCGCAAAUAUUCACUUGGACUCGAGGACAAACUGAUUCGAUUUUACUCGUCAAAGGUCA